UCUCUCUCUAGCCCUAUGUGGCAUCCGAGGAUGACCAGAUGGUUCCUCUACCUCCUAACCCCUUCAGUCAGCUGUCUGAGAAAGAGAUGGACGAAUACACGAUGAACGUAGAGAAGAGACAGCUGGGGCUGAGUGAUGACGAGCACGACCUAACCUCCAACGACGCUUCCACUCUCUCUCAGUCUCUGUCCCAAACUCAGUCCCCGCAAAUAACUCCAGCUAAAGAAGAGAACCACACGAUGCAGAACGGCAAGGAUGGCGGCGACCAUGAGGUGAACGACGAGCUGAGCAAAAGGGUCAGUCAGCUGACCACCAGCGUGGAGAGCAUUGAGGUCAAGGUCCGCACCGGCGAGAAGAUCGAAGACUCCGCCCUCUCCCCCGAGAGCUCGCCCUCCAAGUCCCCCAACAAGAAGAAGAAGAAGUUCCGCACUCCCUCCUUCCUCAAGAAGAACAAAAAAAAAGAGAAAAUGGAGGCCUAGAGAAAGAGAGAUGGAGGGAGUGAUAUUACAGCCUAUAUACAGUUUAAGAAGAAAGAGGGGACCCCUCUUAUUUUUAUUUUUUUGUCUGUUUUCAUUUUAGUUUUGUUUUUGUCAGUGUCCUCUUGUCAUUUUUUUUAAAAGAUUUUAUUUUGAUUGUAUUUUUUAACAAAUUGUUCUUUUAAGUUAAAAUUUUUUAGACUUGCGCGAAAAGUGAUGAAUUGAGUUGAGGAUUCUCUUCCUCUGCCUAGAAGUGAAGGCUCAUUGAUUUGGGAAGGCGAGGACUAAAAUGAUAAAGCUGCAACGACUGACUCCUCCCCCAUGUUCAAUAUUUACUGCCAUUGGCUGAUUGUUAUUUCUUCUCUGCCAUUGGCUAAUUGUUGAUUAUGGAAUUAGAAUCAGCCAAUCGUAUUCCUUGCUUCAUAACCUCCAGCCGACACUGGCGGGUCUAGAUAUGCAUCAGUGGUAUUAUUAAACUGCACAAUAUGGCGACUAGCUAGCGUACGGAAACGCUUUCCGCCCUUAUGGUAACCAUAACAACCACCAUGUUCUUUUCGCUUAGAUUUUCUCCUCAUAUGAGGUCUGCUUCUUCAAUACAUAGAGGACUGAAAUCAGAGAGGCCACAAAGAAAUAGUCAGACUGGAAAACUGGUUUUGAGAUCUUUCUUUCACUCUUGCUUCUUGUUUUCGCUUUCUCUCUCUGCCUCUCGCUUCGUUUUCUCUUUCA